GCGCGCCGAGCCCGAGCUGUCGCCGCCCGUGCUCAUGCUGCACGGCCGCCCCGUGCUGCGCGAGCGCGGCGCAUGACCCCACGCACACCCGCUCAUCGCAAUGCGGAGGAUCGACAAUUCUUCAUCUCAAGAUGGUAUAGAAACUACAUCUAUAACCAGUUCUGUUGAAAGCGAAAUAAGAAGGCCAUCUAAAACAAAACGUAGUUCGAUAAAAAGGAAAAUACCUAAUUUCAAAGACGAUUCAGAUGACACAGUUAAUGAACCACUUUUGCAGUCAGAAAACGAUGUCAGUGAAUUUAAACAAAGUGCCAAAUUUGUAAGUUCAAAAUCUAAGACUGAUUCAACAAACGGGAAAUCAGAUAAUACAAGCAUUGGAACUAAAGUAAAAACUUCCCCGACUACUUCUACUUUUUCUGAAAAUGUUACUAUUAAAGGUGUUACGACAGAUAUUGAAAGUGCCAGCACAUCCGUAACAGCAUCUAUUCAUAACUAUAUGAACACAAAUGUAUUUGGUGCCAUCGACACUUCCACCUCGAAAACGACAAAAAGUUCAUUAAUCGUUGAAAUCGAAAGUACUAAAUCUUCUUAUAGUCCUAGUCCUCUAAUAUUUACAACAGCUAAAAUACAUACACACAAUAAAAUAAAGGAGAUGGAACCUCUACAUGUAACGCCAGUCCCAAUUUUAUCUACCAUAGAAGGCAAUGUAAUAAAAUCUAUACCGAGUACAAUAGAUAGCGGCGAGAAACAUUAUGACACUGUAAAAUCAAAAAGUGAAAGUCAGAAAAAAUGUAUCCAAGAAAAUGAACAAAGCAUAAUUACAAAUGCUUCGAACAUCAAGCAACAUUCAACAACUGUAAGUCCAAAUAUAAAAACAACUGUUGUGUCUUCAGUUGUAACAAAACCAUUAUCGGGACAGAGUACUAAACAAACUUCAUUUGAUAAGCCUUUAAUAGUACAGACUGAUUCUAAAAUCCCUGUUACUAGUUCCAAAGUUGAAAAAGCAAAUUCGACUUCGAGCACCAACACAAAAUUGCAAGAUAAAAAUACUCGAACGGCUACGGCUGAUAACACGAAGAAAAACGUGCAGGAAAGAGAUUCUGCAGAGCGUUCAAAAUUGGAAAUUCAAGAAACACCUAGUAAAAAACAAAAUGAUAAGCAAAGUUUUUUGAUGGAUGAGAGUCAAAAACAGACUUCAAAUGGUGUUACUCCUCAAAUACUCUCUUUAAGUGCAAAAAAGGCAGCAAUUUUGACAUCAAGUAAUAAUGAAAAUACACCAGAUAAAGAGAAGGACCCUAAAUCUGGAAGUAGUGUUCCUAUGAACAAGCAGCUGCAACGACAAAAGAAAACAGUAGACGAUACUUGUAUCUCCGAUGCCAAAAACCGAACUAUUGUUUGUGAUCCUAAAGUAAACAUAUCUAAAGAAGUUUCUGCCGGCAUACCUGUAGACAAAGCAAAGAGUGCUAUUAUUAAGCCGACUAUGCCAAAAAUGACUUCAGAUUCACAAAAUGCUUUAACGAUGCUGCCAACUAAAUCUGGUGCUAGUAUGUCAGCCAAUUAUUCAGCAGUAUCAGACAAACCUAUUUUCGUAAGUUCUGUGCCAAAAGAAACAGCAAAUACUACGGACAAUAUAGAACCCGUGACUUCACUACUACCAGGGAAAGGAAAAAAGGUAGAUAAAACUAGUUCAUUGAUUUCUGAACCAAUAGAGAAAAAAAAUAUUUCGGAUAAAUCUGAUUCUUCAACUUCUGUGCCAAAAGGAAAAGUUACUACUUCUGAUAAAUCUUUAACUUCUUUAACAGCAGUCAAAGCUAAUUCUACGGAUAAAUCUAAAACUGUAAAUAAAACUAGCCCCUUGACUUCUGUGCCUUCAGGGAAAGCCAAUAAUAUUGACAAACCCGGCUCUUUGAAUUCGACGUCAACCGGGAAGACAAAUACUGCGGAUAAAUAUGUUUCUUCGUCUUCUGUGCCUGUUGUAAAAACAAAUCCAAUUGACAAACCUAGUUCUUUACCUUCAGCAUCAAUGACCACAGCGAAGAUAUCAAAUAAACCUGAUUCUUUAAGUUUCAUGCCAGCUGUAAGUCCUAAUACUUCUAUAAAACCUGGCCCUGUAGCAUCUGCGACAUCAGUAAAGCCAAAAUCUAAGGAGAAAUCUCCAUUAAUGUCGGCGUCAAAAGGAACGGCAAACGUCACGGCUAAACCUGGUUCUUUGUCCACUGAUAAGGCAAAUACUGCAGGAAAAAUUAGUUCUGGAAAAUCUGCGCCAAGUGAACAAACUAAUACUGUUAUAUCCGGAUCUAAAAUUUCGGUGUCUAUUACUAAAAGCAGUAGAAACGACCCAGUAACCACAACUUCUGGACCGCUUAUAUCUAAAUCAGCAAAUAAUGUAAAGUCGUCUGGAAAGGAAUCCGUUGCAGAAGUCAAGAAAGUUUCCGAAAAAACGAAAUCUAAAGUUUCACCAACGUUAAAAUCAGAAAUACCAAUUGGACCAUCUGAGAGUAAGGCCCACAAAGGUGUCCCCACGUCGGUAACAACUGAUAUCUCGUCUAACGUCGUCACUACGAUAGCUAAAAAAAUAGGAAAUGAAACAAAUGCGACUACUUCAAGUACUGCAACGCCAUCAAUAAAGGGAAGCACGGUCAGUAAUUUGCCAUCGUCGUCGACUUCUGCUAAGAUUCUAAUCGGAAAAACCAAAAAUAAUGAACCGAUGUCUAGCGAAAAUAAUAAGGAUAGUAGAGCUUAACUUUUAGACUUUAGAUAAUAGGUAAUUUUAACUAAUUAAGAACUUUUCUUGAGUUUAAUGAAAUUAGUUGACAAUACAGCACUUCAGAAUAUUUACGCAUCGGCAAACGUUCGACUUAGUUCUGUGUGCGAAAAUUUCUUCUAAAUUAUAAUUGUUGAUCCCUGAUUAAUAAUUGUAGAACUUUAAAGUAGAUGUAAAUAGCACGUAGGAAAAUAAAUAAUUAUCAGCAAUUAACAUUUUUGUUAAUAAAAACUCAAUUAAAGUAAUAUUCUGAAUAAUCGUUUAAGAAUCACUACGAUAUUAAUAUAAAAAAUGGUUUGCUCAGUAAAAUGUGUAUAGAAUUGAUUGAGGAAUAUUUAAUGAUGUAAUGUAUUUUCAUUAUGUUUUUAAAAUCCCCGCAUGAUUAAUUUGCUAUAAAAUUGCAUAAUAUUUGUAUGUAUAAUCAAAUGAUCAUACACAUUAAGGCAAAACCAACGCCUCAAUAAUACUGAAUAUUUGAAUCCUUUAAAAGAGGUUAGUGGUGCUAAGAAAGACAACAAUAUUUUUCAUAGACAAUAUUAUAUUUUCAAUUUUUGGAUACCAUUUAGAGAUGAAGUGUACCAUCUCACAAGUCAAUUGACAAUCAAUUUAUAUAAUUAUUUUAAUUUAAUUAAUAAUGAUUCAAAAUCUCUACCUAUUCUAUUUGAACUACUGACGUCGAGAGAAUAUAACAUUCAGGGUAGUAAAAAAUAGUAUGAGAUUUAUUUAAUAUAUUUAUAUAAUAGAUAAGUAGCAACUUGAUUUAAGAGUUUUCGGUUAAUCUUAUUUUACCUUUAUUACACGUUAAUAAUAAUUGAUAAUAGCUUUAUUAAUAUUUUAUUCCUAAAUACGUAGUCUGUGUUAAACACAAUCAAUAACUAACAUGUUCAAAUACUCCAUCCGAGAUCUGAAUCGUCGUCUAAAUGUUAAAUUAUUCCAAAUUAAUUUAUUUAUUUAAUUAAAUAAAGCAAAUAAUGUUAGCAUGUUUGAAAAGUUUCAAUUUAUUUUAUGAUUUCAAUUUCAUGAAAUUGAAGAAAUGAACACUAACGAUCCAUA